GUGAUGGCGAGGGGCGCCAGCCGCCUCGCCGGGCUGCCCUGCGGGCCCGCCGGCUACCCUCGCCCCGCCGAGGCGGGGAGGGAGGGAGGGAGGGAGGGCGGUGCUGCCGGCUGCCGGCGAGCCGCGGCGCCCGGCGGAGCCUCCGCGGGGAGGAGGAAGGGGCUCGCCCCCGGGUCGGCCGGCUGGCUGCCCUCCCGGCCUGACUCAGCCGCAGACAUUAGUGCUAGGAAGAUGGCGCACCCGGCGAUGUUUCCUAGAAGGGGCAGCAGCAGUAGCAGCGGCAGCAGCUGCGUUACUGCUCCCACUGCACCAGGUACCGGCGUUGGGAGCGCUGCCCUCUCCGCCGAGGAUUAUCAGCCGCCUUUGCUGGUCCAGCCGCCGCCUCCAUCUCCUGCAGCAGCUUCAACAGCGGGUCCACAGCCGACACCCCCUCAUCCACAAAGCUUGAACCUCCUCUCGCAGUCUCAGCUCCAGCCACAGCCCCUUGCACAGACUGGAGCUCAAAUGAAAAAGAAAAGUGGCUUUCAAAUUACCAGUGUGACCCCUGCUCAAAUAUCAGCUAGUAUGAGCUCUAAUAACAGCAUAGCCGAGGAUACGGAAAGCUACGAUGACCUGGAUGAGUCUCACACUGAAGACCUGUCAUCUUCAGAAAUCUUGGAUGUGUCUUUAUCCCGAGCCACUGAUAUGGGAGAACCUGAGAGGAGUUCUUCUGAAGAGACUCUGAAUAACUUCCAAGAGGCAGAGACUCCUGGGGCUGUUUCUCCAAACCAGCCUCAUCUUCCUCAGCAGCAUGCUCCUCUGCCUCAUCACCCACAGCAGAGUGUUGUGAUCAAUGGAAGUGUUCAUCCCCAUCAUGUUCAUCAUCACCACCAUCUUCACCACCACCAUCAUGGACACCAUCAUCCAUCCCAUCCUGGGGUGGGUAGUGCCCCAAUUUCUGGAGGACCACCGCCCAGUCCAUCGUUUAGAAAACUAUCAACAACUGGAAGCUCUGACAAUGUUAUAUCAACUGCACCAGUUUCUGCUGCAUCAUCCACUGGUUCCCCGGCAUCUGCCGUGUCUAAUAUCCGCACUACAAGUAGUCCUGGCAAUUUAGGUAUAAGUCCUGCUGCUGGAACUAGUACCUUAAGUAAUAUCGGUGGUGGUAGUUCUAGUGUGGCAAGCAAUGUGCUUGGUACUAUAAAUUUAAGCAACAUCAUGAGUACUGGUAAUGUAAAUGCUUUGUCUGGAACUAGCAGCAAUGCUAAUGUGAAUAUCUUGAGUGGUGUUGGCAAUGGUACGAGUGCUUCCUCUAGUGUCAUUAACAAUGUUACUAAUCCAACUGCAGGAAUGGCAGUGGGAUCAAGCCAGCAGCAGCCUGCAUCUGGCACGUCAAGGUUUAGGGUUGUGAAAUUAGAUUCUAGUUCUGAACCUUUCAAAAAAGGUAGAUGGACAUGCACUGAAUUCUAUGAUAAAGAAAACACUGUUGCAGUUUCGGAGGGAGUAGCAGUAAACAAAGCAGUAGAGACGAUAAAACAAAACCCGCUUGAAGUGACUUCUGAAAGGGAGAGCACCAGUGGGAGUUCUGUUAGCAGCAAUGUAAGCACACUGAGUCACUAUACAGAAAGUGUGGGAAGUGGAGAAAUGGGAGCACCUACUGUGGUACAGCAGCAAGCAUUUCAAGGUGUGGGUCCGCAGCAGAUGGAUUUUAGCAGUGCUGCUCCUCCAGCAAUUCCAGCAUCUAGUAUACCACAGAGUGUUUCUCAAUCACAGCUUGCACAAGUCCAGCUGCAUUCUCAAGAAGUAAACUAUCCACAGCAGAAGCCAGGGGUCCAACCUCCUGCACAGGCCAGUCUAACCACUGUUACUGGGGUUCAGCCAGCCCCAGUUAAUAUACUAGGUGUAUCCCCAUCUCUGGGCCACCAGCAGCCUGCCCUUCAGAGUAUGGCUCAACAGCAGCUGCCGUAUUCGCAGCCGGCGCAGCCUGUGCAGACUUUGCCAGUGGUGCAGCAGCAGUUGCAGUACGGACAGCAACAGCAGCAGCAGCAACAGCAGCCAGUUCCUACGCAGAUGGCCGCGGGUCACGUUAAGCCGGUGAACCAAAACUCUGUCACGGGGGCUAUGCCAGACUACAUUCAACAUCAGCAGAUCCUUCAGACUCCGGCCCCUGCCAUGCAGCCAAGUUCUACAGGAGUAGGAGCUGGGCAACCGGUUCCUGUUGCCCAGACACAGGGCAUGCAGCCUUCCGUGCAAGCACAUCCAGCUGCUGCCCCAGCUCAGCCUAUUGCACAUGCUCCAGCAGCAAUACCAGGUGUAGCUGCCAGUGGUCAGAUGCUAAAUGUUGGGCAGCAAGGAAGUGUAGCUGCUGUGGUGCAACCACCAUCUGCUGCAAACCAAAUUCCACCUCCAGUUAUGCCAUCGGCGGCUGCUCCUCCAUCUUCCCAAGUAGUGCAGCCUGUGCAGACAGGAAUAAUGCAGCAAGGAUUACAGGCUAGUGCUACAGGCCUUCCUCAACAAAUGGUCAUUGCUCAGCAAAACACCUUGUUACCUGUACAGCCACAGGCACAAGGAGUGGAAUCUGUAGUCCAAGGGAUGACUGGCCAGCAGCUGCCUGCGGUAAGCCCUAUACCCUCUGCUAGUACUGCUCCUGCACCAAGUCAAGCUGGUUCAGCUGUGCCUCCUGGCAUACCUUCUGCUUCCGUAGGUUUGGGACAGCCACAGAGUAUAGCGCAGGCUUCGGCUGUGCAGAAUGGCAGUUUGGCUCAAAGUGUUAGUCAGCCUCCCUUGAUAUCAACAAGUAUAGGUAUGCCAGUGGCACAGAGUGUGCCACAGCAGAUGCCAUUAAGCUCUACCCAGUUCCCUGCACAAUCACUAGCUCAGUCCAUUGUAAGCCAAAUCGAAGACGGCAGGCGCCCUACGGAACCUUCCUUGGCGGGUUUACCUCAGGCUGCCAGCGUCGAGAGCGGUGGCGGAACAUCGGCCGCUUCAGAUGGCAGUAGCAGCAACAUGCCGUCCUCGGCGUCCCUCUUCCCGCUGAAGGUGCUGCCAUUGACAACGCCUCUUGUAGAUGGUGAGGAUGAGAGGUAAAUACCAGUCUGUUUGUAUCUGUAUUUACUGAGUAUGCCCUUUGCUUGGCAGUGUGCAAUGAAUCUUGGAUCAGAUAUGCCACACAGCCGUAGACUUGGAAAGGGAAAUGCUACUGCCAUGAUGUGCAUCUUUAGAAAAGAUAAUUAUUAGCAAGGAAUAUUUAUUUCCUUAUCUGCUCUUUCUUAUUUCUCUCUCACUUUUAGCAACAGUAAAAUAGAUAUCCGGAUAGGAAAUAACAAAAUUUUGUAUUUGCUUUUUGGUGGUAGUAUAUCCUGCCUGGUGUUUCCUGGGAGACCUUUUGCUGGUAAUGGAGUGGGCAUGUGUGUAAGGAGGGGGAAAGCAGCCUAGAAAGGAAAACAUUUAUACAGUCUCACUCUUCCCAUUCUGCCAGUCACUCAUUUUUCUGCCUUCACUUUUAUAUUGUUCACAUGGAGUAGCAGGUGGUAAUUUUUGGUUUUCCUUCGGAUCCAAUGAAAAGGAGGAGGCAAAAACAUGUGGGCAGGAUGAAGUAGGCAAACCUUUCAUGGCAGUUGGUUGGAGCCCAUUGUGAAAUACAAUAGUGGAAUAUGUGUAAUGGAGUGAGAGUAAAGGAAUGUUAUUCAACUUGUCUUGUUAGCUGCAUUCGUGCCUUUUAUUAAAACACGUAAAGUUCAGCCUUUGUCAAUGGAAGGCCUGUUGCCAUGAAUGCUGAGCAGGUCACUUACAUCUUUGGACUUAGCUCAGUAUGUAUGUACUGAUAAGGAUCACUGCAAAGGUUUAAUGGGAUAUUGAACUGUUCACCAAAGGGGAAAGUAAUAAACUUUGAUUGGUUUGGGUUUUUUUUUUUUUUUUUUCCUUCCCCCAACUGCCUUGGAAACAAAACUCCUCAUUCUUUUAACUUGAUAAAUUGAUAUUCAGAAGCCAGAAGUACAGAGAGUUUUAGGAAUACAUUUAGAACCCAUCAUCCUUGCCACUUCUGGUGCAUUUUUCAGUGAACAAUAUGAAGUGCUAGGCAUUAUUAACUAGAGCUGAAAUGCACAUAGGUCAAUAAAGUGGUAUUGCAUCCAUCCAUCUGUCCUGCCAACUCAAAAUGGCUGUGCUCCGAAGAGGAGUGAAAACAGCAGCAUAUUGUUCAGAGCUCACACGGGAAUGCUGCUCUCCUAAAAAAUCCUUGCACGUGCGGUGACCGAAUCAGUUGUGAUUGUGCAAAGAUGGAUGCAGUUUGUAGGCUGGGUUUUUGCUUUGAAUGGUGCUUAACCAACCUGCACUGAAGGGCAGCUGCUGUGCUGGCUACAGGGGCUGCUGCUGCAUUGCUGAGCUGCAGUGCCCCUGGCAGCACAUCCUGCGUGCUGGAGGAGCUUUGGUGCGUGGCUGCAAAAGGCAGGACAGCACAGUUCAGGGCUGGAUGUGUCAUUUUGGAAGGAGCUACCCUAGCAUUGUCACCUUAGCCCUUUCCAGAGGGGUAAGACGAGCCAUGUAGAGGUCUUAGCUAAUAUAACUGAUUUACUUCUGGUACUUUAACCUAAAGCGUUUCUCUAGUACACUGUAUUUGGAGCAUGAACUAAAGAGAGCAUCGUCACAGGCUGGAUGUUUUUGCUCAUGUACGUGGAAAAGGGAGCUUGAGAGUGAAACUUUUAAAUUUUUUCCCUUUUUUCUUCCUCUUCUAGAAGUUGUCAUCAUAAGACAGUGAUCCCAUGGCAUUGAUUUAUCAGUGGAAGUGCUGUUCUGCCAAGAGAAACUGCAGGGCUUUGACGGCUGCUUGCUGUAGAUUUAACUUUUCGAUUCUUCCCUUCCUAGGUUUCUUUUUUUUUUCCCCUUGAAAAGUAUGGCAUUUCCAGAAAUGCUCUUUCUGUUUUUCAGAUGUUAUAUUAAAUGUACCAAAAAAAAAAAACAUCUGCUGUUACCUUUCUUUUGGGUAUUUUUAGCCAAUAAUUCCUUUAUCCUCUUCACUCCCUCGUGCAGUUCCUGACCCUUCUCUCUUUAAUGCUUUGCUCUCCUAACUGUUUGGCUUGCCCUGAUUACUUUUUUUCCCCUCUUUCUUCCCUGCUUCCACUUGACUUUUUAUUUUGAAUCUUUGCUUCUUACUGUUACAGCUCUCUUUAGUUCACUGACAUGUUUUUCUAGUUUCCAAAUCUGUAGUUUGAUGGUUUUCCUGUGGUUCUGUUAUUUAAUAUUUAAUUUCAUUAUAAAUACAUUUUUUUUGGUCUCAAUUGUAGUGUAUAUAAAAAUUAUCUGUCUUCCUCUGAGAUGCAGUGAUACUCUUCCAAGCGCUUAUUUUGGUCUCCCAAAUAUCCUUCAUAGCUUUUUUGCUCACCUGAUUACAGCAAUUCAAUUCAAGAAAACCACUGAUAAUUACUGGCUUUGGAACUGACGUCCCAGUUUCUGGCUUGAGGGGCAUUUCAGUACAUCUGAAAUGUUGUCACAUACUGUGCUUCUUACUAAUAAGGGAAGAAGUGAAAAUAUUGUCAGAAGGUCUCUGAAGAAAAUGCUUUGUCAGAAGCAGCUAAUUUCAGAAUUGCUGGCUGUUGUUACAUAGCCAGAUAAGAAAAUUGAAGGUGAUGACUUUCAGGCUUUUCUGAAAUAAAUAUUGGCAAAGGCAGUCAGUUUAGAAGUAUACCAAAAGAGACACAGCAUAAAAGUUAAAUGUUCAUAAUAAAAAUAAUGAAGUAUCGGACUAGUGCUGUCUUCCAAUGCCUGCUAAAGGAGCUAAUGCUUAAUGUUAGGGUGUUGUUGACACUAGAGCUAAUGUAGCUUAAUCAUUCCUGGUGGGCCACUGAUGGGUUUCAUUACAGGAAAAGACCUGUGUGGUAUCAGUGUCUCAAAGUGGCAAGGUAUUUAGUUUGCCACCUGUGGUGUUACUUUGUUGACGCUGUUUUCCUGUCAAAGCAUUUCAGUAGGUUUCACAGCAUGAUGGAAUUGAUUUGUACAAGAACAGGUAACAUGCAGAACACUUGUCAGACUGUGAAGUUUCAGUUUCAGCAGCAAGCUACACCUCCCUUUCUUCUGCAUGCACAGCACUUGCCUUGUGCUGCUCAUCAGAGGUCCUGGGGUGGUCCAGGAGCCAAAUGCUUGGGCCUAGUGGAGUGGCCUUCUCUUGGGAAGCAAUGUGUUAAUGGAGGGUUUUAUUCUGGUUUAAACAUCAGAAAAUCACUUUUUAGCUAGAUGUUGACUUGCAGAAUUUCUAGCCUAAUUGAAGGAAGAGAGGCAGGAUAACAAAGUGGUUUUCCUACUGUGGAAAAAUAGUUGGCAUGCCAGAGAGAACCCCAGUCCAUCUGGUCUCUGCAGCUUGCUUGGAGCAGUGAGGGUUGUGUUAAAACUGCUGUGCCCACGAUACCAAAAGGGCUUGGUUGCUCCUGUAUGCAUUGGUGCUUUUGUAGUGUCUCCGAGGUGAUGUUCUGCUUGCCUCCUUUUGUAAUCAGGUUGACUUGUUAAAAAUAAGACAGUAGCUUUAUGGCUCCCAAAGCUUAUUGGGCCGGAACUGCUGCUUCAGUACAGGCUGCUCUCUGAAACCUGAAAUAAAGGAAGAAUUUUUAACUCUACAGCUGUCUUCCCCCAGAUUUUCCUAUCUUGGUAAUGGUUAGAACUACAUUAUUCUAAGUCUUUGAUUUACUCCUUUAAUAUGGAUGCCACCAAAUGCUCAAGGCAUGUCUGUUAUAAUAUAGUUUCAUAAAGCUACAGUAUUACUUAGGAAGAAUAUCAUAAGCAUAGCUUUAACUGGUUCCUGUUAGCUCACACCUAGUAAUGAGUCUCAAUUUGGAGGUUUAGGCAGGACAGAGAUUUAGUCUGAAAUUUUCCUGUGGAGGUUUUGGAUGGCCCUUUUCAGUAGGAAGCUCUGAGUCUUUCUUCAUGGUGUGUUUGUCUGUCAAAACUGUGAGGCUCCAUUUCAUGGAUUGUAUGACUAGCAACUACAACUUCAGAGUAUUCUCAACUUCCCUCUAGUAUGCUUAUGUUAAAUGCUGACAUGUUUUGGGGAGCAGGGUUCCUUCCCCUCCAGUCUGUCUGAAUUUCCGCAAAUCCUUCACUUUUAAUUGUGUAUUCAGCUGAUGUAACGUGCAAGAUAAAUUGUCAAUCCCUUGCAGCAAAAAAUGCUGAGCUGUUGUUAGGUGCUGUGCCAGUUCAUGUUCAUCAGGCUUCUUGUUAAUCAGAGAUUCUGCUGGUUUGUGUUUCACAGGUGCUACAGCAAAGGAAAGGAGCACUCACUUUAGGCUAACAAAGCAUGGCCAGGGUAGAGACAUGCCUUACUUGUAGAAGUGGAAGAGAUACUGGGCUUGUCCCCUGUAGGCUUAGUCUGAUUUUACUCAUCUCCACAGUACAAAAAGCAGUAACCAGUAACUGUUCUAAUUGGCAGUUUUGUUCAGUAUCAGUGCUAACAGAGUUGCACAGUUCGAAUAUGCUUUGAUGACAUUUGCUCUUCUGUAUGAUUAAAUGACAGAAGUUCAGUGACUCUCAGUGGAAUGUAAAGCCCUUACUUGCAGAUGCCUCACUGUAGUCUUGGUGGAGAAAACUGACUCCUGCAGCUGCUGCUUCAUGCUUGUGCUGGCUUCCAGGUGUUUCUAAUGUGUGUUCUUAAAUCAGGACUGCUCUUGAGAUUCAAAAUCAUAUCUCUUUGGAAGCCAGGGUGAUUGAUGCUUCAUAUUUGAUAAUUUUAAAAAUGUCUCUUGCCUGGGUAAUUAACUCCAAGUUAACCAGCCAGAAUUUUACAAAAACUUGAGACCUAUGUGAUGUAAGUAAUUUCUUGAAAGGAAAAUAAAUGGACCAGUUCUUGGAAAAAGGUUCUCUUGCAUCAUUGAACACUAACUUAAUUCUUGUUAUGCAGGAACUCCUCAAGCUGCUGAUUGCUGGCAGGUUGGAGGAUACUGUAGGAAAGUUGCAUUUAUCUGCUUGCCUUUUUGGGUUCUCACCUAAAUAGCUGCCUCUGGCUAUGCCUAGAAUGGCUCCCAGGUGAAAUGGAUGUUUCAAUCCAGUGAGAUCUUCCCCAUAUGUGUUUCUUGCUCUUUCACACAGGGAGGAUUUGCUUUUCAGCAGUAUAUGUAGGGGUACCAAGAUGAAAAUAAAAAUUGAGUGUAAACUAACAGGCUAAACAUAUGCAAUUGUAGUGCUUAUUUCUGUGUAACUGAAACCCAUACCCUUGGUAUCACUUGGUGAUGACUGUGAGGGAUGUAUAAGAAAAUUACUCAGAUGUUCAAUUAGGAUAUUAAUAGCUAAAGACUUCUUUUUAAUUGCUUAAUGGUGGACUGAAAGCUAUCUUCUCUAACUGCACUUCAUUAUAGUCAUUCAAAAUACGAAGAUAGCAAAAAUACAGCAGUGAUUUUUGCUGCUAGCAUUUGGGAAUGAGAUACUUCCCAGUUUGUUGUCCAUGUUCUUGCCUUUCACUUCAGUGCUUUGGUUUUCACUACAGUGCAGAUGUUUUUUUACAGGGUUUUUUUUUUGUGCUUUUUACCUUUUCUUGUCAUCAAAACUAUUUCCUUUGAUAAUCUGGCAUGCAUUGCUUUACUCAUGGGUUCUAAUAUUUUCUGAAGUCAAUUUUAGUUUUUGUGUGCUGCUGUUGCUGACUAGCAGCUGUGCAAAACCCUGUGUCAAAGCACUCCAUAAAGACUGAUUUAAAAUAGGAGGGCGCUAGGUAACAGGGCAUUAAAAAUCCUAGGUUAGGAUGCAAUUGAUGUAUGGGAUAUCUCCCCUAACAGUAAGCACUGUAACUUCAUAUAAAGGUUUCUUUGCUGUAUUGGUAAAGUAUUUUUUAACCUCUAAAUAUUAUAAGGAUUGCAUGUUUGUAACUUUAAAGUCUCCAGAAGAGUUUGAAUUUUAUGAAUUUUAUGCUUUAUCAAGCAUUCAUAGGCACAUCCAAAUUUUAAAUUUAUUCUUUGUUUGUUGCAUCAUGUCAAAAUUGAUGCUUGUUACCGUAGGGCACUUUAUGCUGUAGUCUAAAGGUUGGCUUUAUUUUCUGCUUUGUCAUAUGGUGAAGUCUGCAUUAUUCAAACAGUGUCUCAAGUCCUCUAUAGAACGUGGAAAGUGAACCUACUAAAUGUUUACCCCGUGAAGGUAUGGCAGCUCAAUCAGUGAUGUGUAACAUGCUGAGGAAUGUGGGCUGAAGUGCUACACUUUAUUCAGACUGACAUUAACAGUAAAUUCUGCUGGAUGAAUGCCAGAUUCAUUCACUUACAGGUUAGAUUUAAACUUGGGCUGAUGCAUUUUUUUAAUCUAAUUUUUUUUAAAGCAAAACUGUCAAGGAGUACCACAAAUCAAGAAUCUUAAAAUAGGCUCCCUCUUCCCCUUUGGACAUAAGAGCUCAGGGUGGGGGAGAACCUAGGUACCCUGAUGCUCUCAUGCAUGAAAUCUUGUUUUUUGUUUCAUUAAAUGUUAAAAUUUGCCUGUAUCUGACAUUCUCAUGUACCCAGAGUGAUAAUUCAUCUGUGUGCAAUCUGUCACUUUAUAUAAGAGCCAGGAUAGUUCAGGACAAAGGAAGGAAAGCAUAGCUUGAUUCUGAAUUCUUGAAUGUGACAGCAGAAGAACGAAGAUCCUUUUACUUCAGGCAUUUUUCAGUUGCAGCUAGAGGCUAUUUUUCGACGCAACAAAAAUAUUCAAUCUCUUAGAUAAUCCAGUUGUUUUACGAUUUAUUUGUGGUUUCUAUUACCUGUAAGUUGUUGACUUAGACAUAACUGAAUAAUGCUUUUAAUUACUUGAAUGCACUAGAAACAACUUUGUCAAAUUUAUGGGAAAUGCUUACCAAAAAAACUACAUAGUUGUCAGAAUACCUGCCUCUGAAGCAGUUGUGUUUUCACUUUAAUUUGUUUUCAAUCUGGUAACUGACAGAGCAUAUCCUUUGCUGCCUUUUGUGAAGGUGAGAAAUGGAAUUGAUAUAGAUUCCUCAGGCACACAACCAUCCCCCAAAUAAAAAGUGGAUUAAUUUGAAUCAGGUGCUUCUAGAUCAGUGGUAUAGAAAUAAUUUUCCUUGACACAGCUAAAGAAGUGUCAUCAAAUGAAGUCUGUGAGUGUUGCCUUAAUGUAAAGUCCUCCCCAAACUGGGGCUGAAGCAUGAGGAAAGGUGAUCAGUGUUACCAGAGAUGGAGCUAGCUGUGGCUUUUCUUUGUGGGUGAAGUAGUGAACUUGCUGCUUUGCAGAAUGAAGCAGCUGCUAUAUGCUGCAGUCCUGCAUCAUCCAUGCUUGGGUGUGUAUAUAUUUGCUUUUCACUUUCAAACUGGCUCUGAUGUGGCUUCUUUUAACAAGCAGAGCAAAUUACAAGAAUUUUAGCAGAAAUUAAUGAGAAGGAUGCCGCUAAAAUAAUAUUUGCAGUAGUAUCUUUUUGUUUGUGUGUGGAUGUGAGUUGAUAAUACAGUUAUUAAUCUUUCAUAAAUUUUAUUGAGUGCUUAGACUUGUGUCUCUUAAGAAAUUCCUUUCCCCCUCCAUGUAAUCUAACAUUUAGUGAUCUUUCUGGCUAUAUAGGAAACCCAGAUUUGAGUCAAAACAGCUUUGGAGCUGAGCAGUGUAUUAGUCAGAUGUGCACAACUUACUGGACUGUGUUUUUAACUCUCAUGGCAUAGCUGCUAGCAUAAUGGAGCUCCUGUUCAGAGGGCAUCUCAGAAUAGUAAAGGAGAAAGUAAAGACUGGAAAGGUUAAUGUCACUGCUUUCAUCCCUUUCCCACCCCAGCAUAUGUCAGUGUGUAUUCAUAGUGUCAGGCAUCCUGGAAAACACCUGUGCCCAGUGCAUGUACUGUGUGCACAGUAGGUGUGGAGAAAGAUGGUUCUCCUACCUGUGCAGCUUUACAGGCAACAGAGAUGGCAAGAAGGAUGUUAAACAGCAUUAGGGGAAUGGCAUCUUGAAAUCUAUCCUCUCUCUUGGUGCAGUUGCGUGCGACACAGACUUAGCUGAGCCUGUCUGCCUCUGCUCAGCUGUGCAGAAUGUCUGACAGAGGCUGUAGCAUAUCUGAUAUAUGGGAUUGUGUAACCAGAAGGAUUCAUUAGGAGUUACUGCUGUACCAAGUCUCCAACUCUGGAAGGAUAUUUAAGGAUGCCACUCAAAGUAAAAUUUCUGUUUUGGUUCAGCUUUUUGGAAUUGGUUUUGAGCAUUCUUCUAGUCAGCUUGAUGCUUCAGCUCUAUAAACAAGAUUCCAUGCUAUAAGUAAUAUUUCAUUUUGAAUACUGAAGUUACUCAAUAAUACUGGGUCAGACUUUCUCAGUAGUUGUUUAUUGGUGUUUCCUUUGUUCCUUGUUUAUUUUCCAUUGAAGCCUGUUGACUUUGAUUCACCUCCCUCUUUUAUGUGGUUGUAUCCACUUGAAGCUUUCAAGAGUGUCUCUGAUUUCAGGGUAAACAUCCCUCUUUUAGGGCUGUUAUAUCAGUCUGCCUCUUCUUCAAGGACUAAAAUCCAGGAAUACAACUGCUCCACCAUCUGAGUGGUCCCACCUCUGUGCCUUUUCAGUGGGAGUGAGAGGAGAAUGCUAAAAUCAGCCUUGACUGUUACCCAUUCCCAUGCUGUGCUGAGAGAGAUGGACUUGAUAUAAUAAGAGAAACUUUUAUUGUAAAGUGUAGCUUGUCAGCUUCAACUCCUUGGUGUGCCUUAAAAGGAACAUUAUGCUCUGUCCUUGUAAGACAGACGUACAAGGAUCCAGGAAGACUGUUUAGAAGUAUUCUGCCCUCCUUCACAGUUAGUACAUCUGAAUCUCCAUUUAAAUUAGCUGAAUUCCCUCCAGGCUUUGGGAAUGGGGAACUAAUCCCACUGGACCCCUCAUUUCCAACAAUUUGCAUACUUUCUUUGCUUUGCUUCCUCAUUAGCUCCUAAAGAAAAUAUUCCUUGUGUGAGAUGACAGACUUUUUGGUUCUAAGUAGAGCUGGUUUUAACUCUCCCCUCCUCACUCAAGCCAGACCCCUUUCUUUUUCAUUGUAUAAUAUCUACUUCUCUUGCUGUCAAUCACCUCUUCACCGCCUUGGCAAGGUACAACAGAAGUGCAGGUAAAUAAUACAUGGCCAUGCUCUGAGCCAGCUGACAGAGAGCAGGUUUAGAUCAGAUAACAGGAAGCAAUUCUUUACUGUGAGAAUGGUGAGACACUGGCACAGGAGGCACAGAGAAGCUGUGCAUGCCCUAUCCCUGGCAGUGUCCAACGUCAGGUUGGAUGGGGUUUUGAACAACCUGGUCUAGUGGAAGGUGUCCCUGCCCAUGGCAGGGGGGUUGGAACUAGAUGGUCUUUUAAGAUCCCUUCCAACCCAAAUCAUUCUAUGAUUCUAAGAACUUGUUCAACCCUUCCAUUGGUUUAUUUCCAAUGCAUUCUUGCAAGGCAAAUCUACUUGAGGAGACACAUCUGACAUCACUUUAGCAGUCAGCAGUAAACCCAAGUAACAUUUGCUAGGCUGGGUUUCUGGUUUUGUCUCUGCAUUUGUGUGGUCUUGGUCUGAUGGAAGGGUGUAACCAUUGUAGUCAAUGCCCAUGCUCUCUGGUGCGGUGGGAGUUCCUGCACACAUACUGCAAGUGGCUGGCUGUUUCCUUGGUGAGGGUUCUCUCUCACUCUGCAGCUUGCCUGUGGAGUAAGGAAAUGAAUCUUCUUUGCUUCUCUACAAUGUACUGUGGACAGUCAACUUCUCUUCCCACUGAAAAGCAUUCAACAGGGUCAAGGAAGGAAAAUGCUUACAUUGAAGCAAUGUUGGAUAAUGGUAUCUGUGUAUGUAGGCUCAUAGUUACAUGGCAGAGAGUUGCUAUAAUGCACCAGAACCUCCUCAUGGCAAUCUGUGUUUCUGUGAGGAAGAAUAUGCAGUAUUUGAUUGUAUUUUGGCUUGAUACAUGAUGAGUUGCUAUCUUUAUCUGGCUAACUAGAUACAUGUCUCCAACUCUCAUCACUGGCUCUUUUUAAAGUAGCAGUGACGGACAGGACUUGUCUGUGUAAAUAUUUUCUGGCAAACAGGCUACUGUCACUUUUGUGUCUAAUUAGAAUUGUCAUUAAGCCUUAGAACUUUGAUUUGAGAAACAGCACAACUUGUACUGCCUUUCUCUAAGCAGAAUUAGCUACCUGUAGUGAUUAAUACAUGCUUCACAAAAAGUGGGAGUUGAAUCAGCUUCAGAGUUGACAAAUUUGGCACUGCUGAGAGAAGAUGCAUUUGUUUGAGAUUUGAAAAUGUAAUCAUGAAGAUUUUAAUCUCUUUUGAUGCUUUAUGUAACAGAACACCAUGUGACCUCAGGAUCUGUGGUGUCACUGUUUGCCCUUCUUGUUUUUCUUGAUCAUGACCAACCAGUAUUAAACUCAGCAAACUUUGAAUUGAAGCAAGUGGAUAAUCUUUAACGGGCAAGGCUUUGCGAUUCUUAAAGUGCUGCAGAAUUCAGGACCUGUAGGUAAUAGUGGAAUGCUAAUGCUAAUCUUACAGCCACCAAGGACUGAGAGGUAUUUCUUCUGACCCUCUAUCUGGGGGAAACUAAUCAGCAGGUACUAAA